CAGAGAGCAGACCUAUUGUGUUCCAGAUCGAGGAAGCACAGAUUUAUUAUAUAAAGUUCUUUUAAUACUACACAGUGAAUGAGGCAGGAUGUCAGAGGAUUGAAUUCAUCUCCACCAUUCCUAAGUGCCUUAAUUUGGAACAGAAGCAACACACUGAUUAUAGAGAAGGAAUAAUGGAACUUCACAGCACACCAGUUGAAAAAUGGACAGAGGUGAUGGUGAGCUCAUGGUUGACUUCAAUAGGAGUGAAGGACAAAUACAUUAAAACACUUCAUGAACAGGAAGUAGAUGGCCAAGUCCUCCUUAAUAUUACAGAGGAUUUUUUGAAAAAAGAGACUGGAAUGAAAUCUGGUCCUGCACUUCUGAUAAUAGAGAGAAGAAAUGAGUUAGUCAAGACUCACAAUGUUCAGAAUUCACAAAACAAAGAACAGACGAAACAAGACAAUGUGACUGUAACAAUAAAAAGAGAUACAAAGCCGCGAUCUUUUGGCAAACCAGGCAUCAAUUGCACGUAUUUAAAGCAUGAUGUUCUUCAGCCUGAAACAGGUGUCAUUGACCUUAUAACUCCAUGUCAUGAGUACAAGUCAUUAAAUACAGCUGCAACUUUAGAUCACAAACAACUUCAAGCAGCGCUGGCAAAAAAAGUUCUUAAAUUUGCCACAGGCUGCAUGAACAUGAGAUCAAAUGGCACAAUACACUUCGGUGUUAUGGACAGCAGAGAUGGUUCUGGCUAUGUACAUGGUGAAAUCAUUGGCAUUCCCAUUAGGGAAAAAGACAUGUAUACUGAUGCAUUGAAAUACAUUGAAGAAUGUUAUAAAAGCAACAGUGAGAUAGUACGGCAGUGUAUAAGACCACCUGAGUUCAUUCUGGUAAUUGGACACAAAAAUAAAGAAAAACACUAUGUGGUUGAAUUUGAUGUAGAACCAUCAGUAAGCUUAACGAGAGGUAUUGUUUUCCCUGUCUGCUUACCAAUAUUCAAAGGGAAGUCCAAUAAACCUGUUCUUGAAAAAGAAGAAAAAAUAUAUUGCAGAGUUGGUGCUACAACAAAACCAGCUGAUGAUAUUCAUACAUUUUACCAAGAGGUUGGUAGCAGAGAUGCACGAAGAGAGGCAGCCGAGAAAUCAUAUACCUGUAGUGUCACAGGUCCAGAAGACUGCGAAGAUCUUGAAAGAAAACUCAUCAUGCUAAUCACAGAUGGGAAGAAACAAAUAGAAAAAGACAAAUGGUACAUACUUGUUACAAACAAGUUUUCAGAGCGAGAUCUUCAGCACAUACAUUUUUUGUUGAACAUGAACUUAUUCUGUGUGUUUGACUUUGACCCAGAUUCCGUUGUUUCCGGAUUAUGCAGUGAAUAUGAUAAACACCAUAAAGUGAACCUUCACUUCAUGCAAAACUACAAAAUUCCAAGUGACAAGAACAUCAGAGAAUUUGAGAGUCAUCUACAUUUGUUUGAACAAACAAGUUGGAUAUUUUGUAAUGGACGAAAUGAUUUCAGUGGGGAUGAGACUCCUUGUGAUGAAAUUACAUGGUGUCAAACAAAGAGAACUUUGCUAAAAGAUUGUGUAUCAUUGAUAUGCAAGGGUAUCUUACCCAAGGGAUCCUUCCAUGUGAUCUUCCUUCUCACAUCCCCUGUUGAUAAACCUAUACUGAAGACUUUCGAAGAGUUUUACACUGACAUGCAAGGUCAUGAAGAUAUUAUAUGCAUCUCAGAAUCAGAAGGGAACUUUCAGAAAUGGGAAGCAUUUGCUCUUGAAUUCUGUGACAAGGAAAUUGUAAACCAAUCAAGUGUAGUAGGUUUGAAAAUGAGUCAACUCAGCGCAACUGUCCAGCAAAUCCAAAGCCCCAGUACUCAUGCAAAAAAGCUCUUACCUGUGUUUGCCAAAGCAAAAUGCUAUCUUCAGCCACGUGAUGAGGAAACAAUGUACUCCUUGGAGAUUUUAGGCCUGAAUCAAUGUGAAGACAUCAGUGCAGAGGAGAUUGAGUCAAAGAAAAUAGAAACAGAGAAAGACUUUUAUCGAGGAGGAAAAGUGACAUGGAUGAAUUUCUGGCUUGUGGAAAAAAAGCAUGUUGGAGAAAUGAUUCAAAGAGAUGCCUAUCAUGAGGUGACCAAAAUUCUGAAGAACUCUAUUAAAUGGAGUUCAGAUCAACUGCCUGUCAAAUGCAUCAACAUAUUCCAUCAUGCUGGCAGUGGAGGGAGUACAGUGGCAAGACAGGUUCUGUGGAACCAGAGAGAGGAGCUGAGGUGUGCAGUUGUGAAACCAUCAAACUCUGUUAGCACAGUUUCAAUACAUGCUCUGAUGCUUCGGGAGUUUGAGGAAAAAGAUUCAGAGAAAUGUCUCCCUGUUCUCUUACUUGUUGAAGAUUGUGAUAAUGAGUAUUUAGAAGAGUUGAAACAUGAAUUAGAAACAGCUAUUAACACAAAGAAAAUUGCCUAUGGAAUGCCAUGUUUCAUUCUCCUUUGUUGUAAACGGUCCCCUGAUUCAGAGAAAAUGUCAAAAGCGUUGCCUUUAAUGAGCGUCUCUGUGACUCACAAGCUUUCACAAAAGGAAAAAGAAGCAUUUGCAAAAAAACAAGAUGUGCUUAAGAAACAGUUCAAGGCAGAGUACAUUCUGACAUUUGUCUUAAUGUGUAAUGAAUUUAAAUGUGAAUAUGUGAAAGAAUUUGUACAGCAUGUUUUACAGGAUAUUAAUCAUGCAUCUGUUGACACACAGCUGAUUCUGUAUGUAGCUCUGCUCAACACCUACGUAGAGAACUCUUUCAUUUCUCAGUCACAUUGUGAAUGCUACCUAAAUGUCCAGCUCUCUCUGUAUGGGGAAAGAUUUCGACGUCACAUAUUUGAGCAAUCUCUGAGUGAGCAGGCUAAAUUGGUCUUCAUACAUUCUAAAGAUGACACAACCCACAUUAACUCGGUCAAAAUCAUUCACCAAUUGGUCGCAAAGGAAAUUCUCCAUCAACUUUUGGGAGACAAACAACAAAGUGAGCUUGCACUUGAGCUUCUCAGCAAUGAUGUGCUCUUUAAUCACAAAUUUGGGUAUGUAGAGUACAAGAAGUUUCUUCGUGAACUCUUCAUAAGGCGCUACAAAAUCAGCAGAGGUGAUAAAUCAGACACCUUAUUCUCACCCCUCAUUGAGCAUGUAAGACAAAAUGAAAAGGCAGAAAAUGCUACUAAGCUUCUUCAUGAGGCCUACAAAAGAUUUGACAAGGAUGCAUUUUUUGCUCAACAGCUAGCUCGUCUCUUUUACUGGCAAGAAAAAUUUGAUGAGGCAGAACAGUGGGCAGUAACUGCAGCAAAUAAAAUGCCUAAUAACUCCUACAUUCUUGACACCAAAGGUCAGGUGUACAAAAAAUGGUUCAAAACAAAAAGCAGUGAAUUGGAAAUGACUCCCCAGAAAACACCAGAGUGCACAGCAGAUGCCAUUGAAACAGCAGUUAAAGCAAUUGACUGUUUUGAAAUAUGUCAGAGGGUAGCUGUUAAAGAAACUGAGACCAUGAACAACUCAGGAUUCUUUGGAGUUGUAGACGUGGGGUGUAGCUUGUUAGAGCUAAUUUCUUCAGUUGAUGUGUUCUCAAGUAAACAUGAUGGUCAUGCUGAAUUACAGAAGUACCUGUGUACAGACCACAUUCCUAAGGAGGUUAAAGGACCAUGGGAACCCUUUCACAACAAACUCAAACACCUUCAGCCCAUAAUGCACAAGGCUUUGGAGUGGAUAUCAGAAGAACUGAGUUAUUUCCAGCCAAACCUGUAUACAGAUGAGGACGAAACCUCCAAAACCUCAGACCUGACAAAACGUUGCCCCAAAAACUGGCUGGCUACCAAGUCCUCUGUUUAUGGCAAGUUCUUCUGUGAAGUCUCACCCAGCAACCAGCAGUUCAAUGUAGAUCAAAUGACUGACUUCAGCAAACGCAUGGCUAUCUCACAGCUUGGUGGAGGAAACUUUACAACAAUCUUCUCCAUUCUAAAGCAGAAAAAUAAAGACCAAGUCCAAACUUUAGAGAAAAUAAUUUCACUGUAUCCAAAGAGCAAGGAUCAAGUGGAUUGUGCCAACUACAUAGCAUCACAUUUUGCCUUAAGUGCAAUCUCUCCUACAUCAUCUAAACUGGCUGUCCUCAAAGAUCUGCAGAAGCUCAGCCGUUCAUUUGUUCAAGAGAAAGCAAAAUGCCCGCCGAGUGCUCUGUUUCUGUGCACACUACUUUCUUGGCCAGAAAAAUUUGACAGCGACCAAGAAAAAGAGGACAAAUAUAAAACAAUUCGUACUGCGGUCAUAAUGCUCCAACAAAACUACAAGAACCAAAUGAAGGAUAUCCCUGCCAGAAGGAGGCGGAUUUACACCCACUUCUACCUGGGACACGGAUCUGGCUAUGAGAAAUUUGUCCACAAGAAUAAAAUUGAAAAAAUCAAACAAUUUUCCUCUGUUUCAGAAAGGCGUCAAAAAUGGAUUGAAGGGGAACUGUGGAAAACACCAGAAAUUGUGCAAGAGCUUAAGCGUGUAAAUGGCUGGACAGAAGAUGGAAGCGUAUAUCUUGAGGGACCUAAAAUGGAAAGGUUUUCCCUUCACCCACUUAAUGAAAGGUCGGUGCCGGCCGGAAAUGAAAAUGUCACCUUCUAUCUAGGCUUUACAUUCAGGGGACCAGUUGCAUGUGACAUCACUAUAAGAAAAUCGGCAAAGGUCUAGCUACUAAGAUAAUAACCAUAAAAAAGCACAUUACUAGUAUGUAGUACAAUAUACUCCUAAGUAAAUUGCCAAAUUUCUUGAUAGCUUUAGAUUUGACCUAAAAUUUAGUGAAAUAAAUAGCAUUUACCAUUCAUAAGUGAAGUAUAAAAUAACAUUUCUGUAUAGUUGUUAACUCUGUUAAAAAUGAUCUGGGUUUUAUAUUCUGGUGUGACUGUCUAUCUUUUGAUGAUCCAGUGGACCUGCCAACCAACUACAGUACAAGGUAUCACUCAAAAAAGAAAAAAAAAUACUGCCCUGAAAAAAUAGCAGAUGGGCUAAUUGAACCUGAAAUGAUUAACAUUUGUUUAGGUGUUUUGAAUUUACUGAUAUAAAUUGACUGGACAAAUGUUCAGACAGUUUGAGCAGCAUUUUAACAUAAUUAAUUCUCUUUAAGGUUGGCAGGUGUGGAUUUAGUGUGAUUAUUCUUUAAGCAGAAUCUGGGUUUUUAGGUGUGCUAUCUCUCUUUGAUCUGAAUAACCUUUGUAUUCUAUAUUAUUAUAUUCUUAUUGCAUUGGUUUAGUUUUUAACCAUGCUAAUCUUCAUCAGGUUUAACUAACAUGGAAGUAGUAAUGAGGGAAAGAAGUGCAAAUCAUUGAGGAAUAAUGUAAAUCACACCCACUGAUGAUUCAUGGGAGUUUAAAGGGAUAAGUGUAACUGAAGAUGGAAAGGAGGUCAUGAGUCAUGUUAACACUGAGAGACCCCAGAGACCAGGAGGGAACAAGGUCUCAGGACAUAUCUGCUGUCAGAGGGAAUUGAUUUUUGAUUUU